AGCACCAUUUUGGUCCUUCUUCUAUGACACUGAGUGAACGUUUCGCUAAAUACCUUAAAAGAGCAAAAGAUCAGGAAUCUUCGAAGAGCAAAAAGAGUCCAGAAAUUCACAGGAGAAUCGAUAUUUCUCCGAGUGCUUUUAGAAAACAUGGAUUUUUGCAUGAAGAAGCUAAGCACUCUAAGGAAACAGGUCUCAAGGGAGACGGCAAAUACAGAGAUGAGCCAUCAGAUCUACGGCAAGAUAUUGAACGUCGCAAAAAACACAAGGACAAAGACUCAAAGCGUGAUCACUCCAGAGACUCAGGAGAUUCUAGAGAUUCAAGCCGCUCCAGAGAUAGGUCCUCUGAGAAAACUGAAAAGUCCAGGAAAUCAUCUAAAAAGCAUAAGAAGCACAGGAAAGUGCGUGAGCGUUCUCGCUCUUCCUCCUCCUCCUCCCACUCCUCCCAUUCUUUGCGAGCACCUGGGAAUGAAGAGUACCCUGCAGAGAGUGAGGAAAAAGAAGACGGUGCUGGAGGCUUUGACAAAUCACGCAUGGCUAACAAAGACUUUCAAGGAAACAGUGAAAGGGGACGAGCCCGGGGAACCUUACAAUUCCGAGCAAGGGGAACAAGGCCAUGGGGCAGAGGUGCUUUUCCCGGGAACAACAAUAACAACAAUAAUGACUUCCAGAAACGCAACAGAGAUGAGGAAUGGGAUCCAGAGUACACACCUAAAAGCAAGAAAUAUUACCUGCACGACGACCGGGAAGGUGAGAACCAGGAGAAAUGGAUGAACCGCGGGAGAGGCCGUGCCAACUUCGCCCGUGGAAGGGGCAGAUUCUUGUUCCGUAAGCCAGGCAUCAGUCCAAAAUGGGCCCAUGACAAGUUCAGUGGGGAGGAGGGAGAGAUAGAAGAAGAUGAGAGUGGAGCCGAAAAUAAGGAUGAAAAGGGCAAUAUCAUGUCUAUUGCAGAGUAGCCAGAUUUGCACUUUUUCAGAAAAAAUGACAGGACACCACUUUUUCCUCCAAGUAUUGUGAUAUUAAAUGUCCUGUGCAGCAGCCAGUUUGUUUUACUUAGGCACACACUGCAUUUGAAAAGGCUGUUUUAUAUUUCCAUCCUGCCUUCCCUCUGAAUUUGUCUGCUUUCCCUGUAUAGUAAGUCUGAUUUAAUUCUACCACCUUUCAUAUUAAGAGUUCCAGAUUUGUGUGUAACUUGCCUCUACACCUGCCUGCAAAUCAUUUGAUUUCAUAUUACUGUUGGAUUGUUAGAAUUGAAUGUGCAGAUUUUCCCCUCAUCUUAAUUUGUGUAUUUUCAUUUUUUUAAUCUGUACUUGUUUUAAGCAUAUGUAGUAAUGCUGGUUACAGUAUGUAAGGUAUGAUUUUAGAGAAAUGAUUACUGAAGCCUUGUAUCUUUCAUUGGGGGAAGAAACACGUUGAAAUAAACGUUAUAUUGGGUGUA